GAGAUUAGAAUACGCAAUGCGUAUAAAACACUCCGCUCCUCCCAAAAAUUUAGUUUCUCGAGCCAUUCAUUCAUUCAAUUAAAUCCUUAAUUAAUCAAAUCUCUUGAUUGUUUAAUCCUUAAUUAUCAUUAUUAAUAAUCUGAUUUUGUUCUUCAUCUCCUCUGAUUCUGUUGAUGAAAAUGGAUAGAGAAUCCAUGGAGAAAUGGGUUUAUUAAAAACAGAGCAUCUUCAAGAACAACCCUCAGGUUUUGAUCAGAAAAUUUGAUGGAGAGUUGGAAGAGUGAAGAAUUGGAAGAAGAAGAAGAAGAUAGUUUCUUUGAUAGCCGUGAAGAUAUAACCUCAAUAUCUGAUUCAGGUUCUGAAAAAUUUGAUCUUGUUUCAAAUACUAGUCCAUUGAUUGAAAAUUGGGUAUCAGAUGGUGGUUCUAGGUAUGAAAUUUGGAUUGAAAACCCCGGUAGUGUAAACGAACGUCGUCAUAAGUUUCAUAAAUGGAUGGGUUUAGGAGGUUCAGAUGAGCUUAAUUGUAUUGAUAGUGGCAGAAUCACCGGAGGAGAUGCCGGGGCAGUGCUCCGGAGUACUGGGUUUGAGUCUAGUCGGUCGUCGUGGUCUUUCUGGUCAAAUGAGGCUAGAGAAGAGGAGAAUUUUGUGUGUAGAGUUAGGAAUUUGGAAGAUGGGACGGAGUAUGUCGUCGAUAAAUUGAGUCAAGAAGAUGGCGUCGUGUCUCUUGUGCGCGAAACGGAUGCUGCUGUUGAGAGGCGUCCGGUGGAAAGGAGGAAGAGAGUGAAGAAGAGUUGGUUGAGGAAAUUGUGUCAUCUGGUUGGUGUUUUUGCUAGGCGGAAGAGAGGUGCGAAAGUGAAGUUGCCGGAUUCUGAUGCAGCUCCGGGGUCAAAAGUCAAGAGAGUGAGGGUACGGCCACUUAAGAAGCGGUCCAAGGAAAUGUCAGCUUUGUAUAUGGGACAAGAGAUUCAUGCGCAUAAAGGGUCUAUAUUGACUAUGAAGUUUAGCCCGGACGGAUUGUACUUGGCUAGUGCAGGUGAAGAUGGGAUUGUUCGUGUGUGGGAGUUAGUUGAGAGUGAAAGACCGAUUGAAAGCGAGAUUCCGGAUAUUGAUCCUUCUUGUGUGUACUUCAAAGUGAAUCAUUUUUCUGAAUUGGCGCCGCUGUUUGCUGCUAAGGAGAAGAGUGGUAUGUUUAAAAGCAUGAGAAUUUCAUCACAUUCGGCUUGUGUUGUUUUUCCACCAAAAGUUAUAAGGAUCUCGGACAAACCACUUCACGAAUUUCAUGGGCAUAACAGUGAGGUUUUGGAUUUGUCGUGGUCGAAUAAUAAGCAUCUUCUGUCAUCAUCUGUUGAUAAUACUGUUCGCCUGUGGCAAGUGGGGCAAGACCAAUGCCUUAAGAUCUUCUCUCAUAAUAAUUACGUAACAAGCGUUCACUUCAAUCCCGUGAAUGAUGAUUUUUUCAUCAGCGGUUCAAUUGAUGGAAAGGUUCGGAUCUGGACAAUCUCUGGUUCUCAAGUUGUUGAUUGGACUGACAUUAAGGAAAUUGUCACGGCUGUUAGUUAUCGCCCUGAUGGACAGGUAGGAAUUGUUGGUACAAUGACCGGAAAUUGCCACUUCUAUAAUAUAUCAGAUAACCAUCUGCAACUGGAUAAUAACAUAUGCUUAAUGGGUAAAAAGAAGUUCCCUGGGAAUCGGAUUACUGGAUUUCAGUUUUCUCCAAGUGAUGCCAGAAAUCUAAUGGUCACUUCGGCUGAUUCACAAAUCAGGAUUCUAGAUGGUCUGAAAGUCAUAAGCAAAUACAAAGGGAUUCGGAAUUCAGGAACCCAGCUAUCUGCAUCAUUUACAUUAGAUGGGAAACACAUUAUUUCAGCAAGUGAAGAUUCAAACGUCUACGUGUGGAACCACAGCUGCCAUGACCGGACUUCAAUUUCGCCAGCAAAGAGCAUAUGGUCUUGUGAGCGCUUCUUCUCAAAUAAUGUAUCAGUUGCCCUACCAUGGUGUGGCUGGAAGUCCGAAAAUUCUCCUGUUGCUUCCACGACACCAUUAGCUCGUGUCCCGGAGGACCCACCAGAAAGAAAUCUAGAAGAGAACAGGUCACAAGAAAGCCGCGUGAUUGAGAAAUCUCCUAACACUCUACAAUUAUCUUCGCCUAAUGGUUUCUCUCUAGGCCCUGCGUGUUACUCAGAUACUCCUGUUCCAAAGGGAUCCGCAACUUGGCCUGAAGAAAAGCUCCCACAUUCAAGCUCAAUGUUAGUGGCAUCUGUUCUGUGUAAAUCCCGUUGUAGAUUUUUGAAGAAUUCGUGCAAAAGCACGUUAACUGCACCUCAUGCCUGGUCUUUGAUGAUUGUAACGGCUAGCUGGGACGGAAGGAUUCGAUCAUUCCAGAAUUAUGGAUUACCAGUGCAUGUUUAGAGUUCCACGAGUUUUACUCUGUUUUAGGAGACGAUUUACUGUCUUGGCGGGCCAUUUUUGACUUGUUUCUUUACCGCCUCGGCCGACUGAAGAUGCUGAGGAAAAUCUAUAAUUGGUCUGGUCCACUCCUGAAAGACGGACAGACUGACUGACGGUUGAAGCUGGACCAAGAUUAAGAUAUUGUUGGGUGGACUGAGAAAUUGAAUUUCAGCAGCUACCAUGAUCCUCAUGUCCCACGUCAGGUACACUGCGCAAAUUAUUACUGGUAAGAACAGUAGAAUGGAUGUUUGAUCAUAUUGGGGUCUAGUAUGGGUGGCCCCGUUACAAGUCCUGGAUUCGUUAAAGAUUGUGGAUUGGCGUCGCAGGUGGCAACGUUUCCAUGGAUGCAACAUAAAUUGGCCAUACCAUCAACAAGUGGGCGAUGUACGUUUAUUCUACUGGAUUUCGAAUGUCCUAUCCGGGUAUUAAAUUAUGUAUACUAUUCUUUUAUUGUUUACCGAAAGUAUAUAUAGAUAAACUGGUAUUGUGUACAUGGGUAAGAGGCAUCCGUAGCGAUUUCGCAACCCCUUUUUUUAUGAAAUGAGAGUGGUGGUAGGGAAAGGGGACAUAAACUGGUGAUGGCGAAGGAACGAAAUAUCUAUCUUUCUAUCUAUCUGUUUAUGAAAGUUUAGAAGAUAGAUGGCGGGGAAGAGGAAGAGCUUUCAAGAUGAUAAAUUUGAAUUGGUGGGUGGAUGUGGGUCUGUAAUGUUUUUGUUUAGUUGUUGUUAGGUUAAUACAUAUGGCCUUUCAAAUGGUGUUGACAGGCAGAGCAAUAGGUCCAUCCAUCAUAUAUGUAGAGAGAGUGAUGGAAAGCGAAAGUGCAGAGCAAGCAGCACUGGCCUUGUAUGUGGAGGUUGUUAUGUCAUUUUCAGAUAUGAACAAAGGCCAUGAUGUAGGUUUUCUGUCAAUGAGAAGUUCUCAGUGUCGAUGUUACAUAUGUACGGUUAGAUCUUACGAAAGAAUCGGAUGUUUCAUCUAUGGUCUGUUAGGUACCAGUGGUCCUGGUACAUUGCAGUCAGUUGGGGGUUAUCAUUCCGUUUUCCGGGUGUUUGUCUUCCAUUUCUCGUUGUCGGUAGAACUGUGUGUUAUUGAUGUAAAUACACUCCGAGUUUUCUCAUGUUUGAUUGUGUAAGUUUUUUCAGUUGUUCUCAGAAGACGACCGAUGUGCCAAAAUUUUGUAUCCUCUUUUGACUGUUUUGGACAAGAAAAUUAGGUCAGAUAGGAACAGUAGGCUGAUAAAUGAGUGGUUAGGCAGCAAGGCCAGUGAUGUAUCAGAGCAAUCAAUGUGGGUCUUAACAUCCCAAUCCAAGCAGAUGUAAAGAAAUGCAAUUCAUAUGGGUCAUA